AUGGCGUUUGCGCCCGCCGAACCCUACGACGACUCUAUAUUUCCUUCCGAGCGACACAGAAUUCAGCUAUUAGGCUGCUACCUGCUACUUGCAUUUACUGGUGCUCGACCUGGAGAGAUUGUAGAUAACGAGAAAAAGAAGCCAAAGGAUGGCUCGUGGCAAGACAUCUACGGCCGAAAGACAGCUGGGACUGAGGACUCAGAUGAUGGUAAUAAGGAUACAGAUAACGCUGACCGUUUGCUCGAAGAAAUGCUUUCUCAGGAAACGGAGCAUAGUGGCCGGCCCAAAGCACUUUAUUAUGAGGAUAUUUUCUUGUCGAUUGUACGUCACCCCGAAACUGGGAAAGACGUUCCGACCAUGUCAAUCAAAUUUAUACAUCAUAAAGGUGAAGACCGAAAACCUAAACCCGAUAAGGCAUUUGACGCUCCGAGUUUAAAGACCGUUGCAGAUGUAUUCAAAAUCCACAACAGAGGUCCAGAACAAUGCCAGCAGCUUCGAUGGAAGCAAAAAUGGCUAAAACGGCCUAUUUUCCGUGGGUUUGAAGGCUCCGUUGUCUCUACGGACAAGGCCCUUCCAUACGGCAAGCUGAAUGACGACAUGCAGCGCCAAACACUAGAUACUGGAUUCGAGCAAGCUUUUAGGCCGAGAGCAUUCCGUAGAGGAGCUGCAAACAAAGCUAAUGGCAGGGCAUCGGAUGCCGUGCGCGAUCAAAUGAUGCGGCAUGACCCUAAAUGGGCCACUUUCAAUAGCGCGUACAUCAACGACAAGGUCCAGUUCCACCUCGAGAGGGUUGUUGCUGACGAGCCGACCGAAGACUGCCUAGUUGAUUUGUUCACACCUAUGAGUAUAACCCGGGAUCCACGAGCCAGUUAA